CUUUAAACCUUUAUAAAGACUCCGGCUUCAGUCCAGGAAAAGUCCUUCCACCGUCCUUCAACCCUCCAACCAUCUGAUCGCAGAAUAAGCCUUGGCCUCUUCGGAGUUGGGCUCGGGAAACGUGAUAAGAGCAAGACAUCGGUGACAAACUCUUUUCAUCCCACACAGAAUUAUCCCUCAUCAUGGCUGUGACCAACCAACCGUCAGGAUACCAGCCUUCUGAGUUCCAGACGGGCCUGUGUGAUUUCUGUGAUGACUGUGGAACUUGCUGCUACGGUCUGUGCUGCUACCCUUGCCUGGGCUGCUCCAUCGCCAGUGACAUGGACGAGUGCUGCCUGUGUGGACUGGGCAUGCCCAUCCGCAGCGUCUACAGGACCAAAUACAACAUCCAAGGCUCGCUGUGUAAUGACUUCAUGGUGACCUGGUGCUGUCCAGUCUGCUCCACCUGCCAGCUGAAGAGAGAUAUUGACCGCAGGAAGGAGCAAGGCAUUUUCUAAAUGUUCCCUGUGUAUGUCGAACUAAACAGGAAUCAAACCUUUUACACCGAGGGCUUGGCCGUGGAAAAGUAUAUUAUAUGGAUCCUGCUGGACUUCUGACCUGGAUACUAAAUGUUUUAAUGUUUUUAACGCUGUUGUAAUAAAAAUCUUUUCAUU